AUGCAGGUGCUGAGGAGGGUGGAGGGCGGCCGGGGAAGAGCCCAGCUCCUGGCAGUGUCUCAGGACAGCAUCGUCAGGCUCAUCUCCCCCAUCAGUGGGGAGCUUCUCCUGAUCUCCUGGCCCUUCCUCCUCCUAGACAAAGCGCUCACCUACGCCUACAACCCCAGUCGCAAGGAGCUGUUUGUGGCCUGCGGCAUGCCUGAGGUCCUAGUAAUGGACCUGACCCUCUGCCCCAGCCCGGCCAAGCACCUCGUCUGUACCUCCAAGAACAAGGACCAGGACGACAGCGUGAUGUGUGUGGAGGCAGUGCUGUUGGGUGGAACAGGUCUUGGCACUGCAGAGCCUCCAUCCUGUCUGGUUUUCAGUGGUCACCUAAACGGGAUGCUCCAGUUGUUGUCUCCUCACAGAUUGCUCUGCCCGGCCAUUAAGGCCCAUGCUGGGGCCAUCCUGCAGAUGAGCAGCUUGGCCGGCCUCCGACCUCAGCUGUGCUGCUACGGCUCCGACAACCAGCUCAGUAUCUGGGAGGUGGGGUUGAGGGAGAGCCUUGUGGAGGUGACCCCCUGGGCCAGAGUCUCCUCCACCACCGGAGUGGUCUUCUUGCAUCUCUUCUCAGGCCUGGUCUUCGCCGUGACCCCCAACUACAGCCUGCUUUUCUUCUCCCUCCCCGAAGGGAGGUGCCUGAGGAUGGAGAGGAACCCCCCCAGCACUAUCUCCUGCCUGGACGGCUGCCCUUCCCUGGGGUUGGUGGCGCUGGCAGGACCCCUAGGGAUUGUGGAGGUGUGGGAGACCAGGGGCACCCAGCAGGUGGAGAUGCGUCUGGGGACGGCCAUCAGCCAGGUGUGCUUUGCCAACGCCCGCGGAGACCUCUUAGUGUGUCUUGGGGACUGCAUCUGCAUCAUUUUCGGCCAGCGCUAUCUGCCCGCCAGGCUUGUCAGGCAGGUGCUCCUCCUGGCCCCUGUGGAUGACCUCCUAGAGGACCCCACCCCUUUCCUGCCACGCUCUCAGAGCUGCUACGACCUAGCUGCCGUGCCCAGGCUGGUCCUGAUGCAUGGCGAGGCCUCACCAGAUCUAGUGCAGGUUCCAAUGGAGUACUAUGAGGUGGUGGCCGACUCGGAGCUGGACGACCCGGAGCUGAACAAUGUGGAGCUGGCAAGGCCAGGCACAGGAAGGAAAGCCAGCCUACAGGAAGUGCGGGACAAGGACAGGAUGAGAAAGUCUCAGGCACGGGUGUUGACUCUGUUAAGUGCACACAGAGAAAAGCCAAGUCCCUGGCCUUUGGCUCUGCCUUUGGUCAAAACAAUGGAAGAAGAGGAAGUGAAUCUGAAGGAUGAGUCAAUGGCGGAAGAGCCAGGAGACUAUGACUCCUCCCUGGCCCCUAUGGAGUCCCUCCACUUUGAUAUCUUGCUCCAGAACUGGCCCAUCGCGCCCGACGGCUACCUCCCCAACUCCAUCAUCCGCAGCUGGAUGCCUGGCCAGGAGCUACCCAAGCCCCAGGGGCCCAAGGACAUCCUCGCCCUAGGAAGAACCUUCCCGCUGGAGGACGAGGAACCAGAAACGGAGGUCACUGUCAUCAUGGCUACAGCCAAACCUGCCCGGCUCCGCAAGCCCGUCCCUCCAACGCCAUCUCCCGACUCCUCCCUGGAGGAUGUGCCCCAAGAGGACGACAGCUACGACCUGCUGAAGAGCAUUGCAGAGAGCCCAUGGUUGAUAGCGAAGCCUAAUGUAGACCUGGCCAUGGUGAUGAAUGCCUUGCUGCGCACCAUGGAGGGGAUGGACUGCGUGGUGUAUGAUAAGUGUAUGGAGGCCUUGCACAGGCUUUUCAAGGCAUACCCCAUUCCGCCCGAGAUCAUAGAUAAACUCUCCAUGACCCUGUUCAAGCACAUGCAGAAUGGGAACCCCCUCUGGAAACGCCUGCAGGCCAUGAAGAACCUGGCCAAUCUGGAACUGUUACAGGACAAGGACCUUUUCAAAUUGGCAGAGGUUCUCUUGGACGAGGUAGUUGACCUGAGGAACAUGGCAAGGGAUAUCCUGUCCCGGUUCUUCCACAUAGACAACCAGACUGCCCUGUUCCCUAGACUGCAGUUGGACACUGGACACAGACUUCUCAAUCAACUGAAGAGGACACUGACAGAGGAGCUGGAUCUGAAACCAGUCACCCUUCCGAUACCCAGAAAACUCUCCAUAGUGCAGAUUGAGCCCAAGAAAGUUUCUCUCGUUCAGCUGAUUGCCCCCCCGGCACCUUCUUCAGACAGCCUAAAGCAAGCCCCCUCAGACUGCAAAGUGGGGAUCCCCGACUUGCCCCUGACUUGGCCUACGCAGAAGCCCCGACCAGCCCCCGAGCCCUGCAAGCCCUGCAAGCCCUGCAAGCCCAGCCCACCAUGUGACGACCACCCUCAACACCAACCAACCCCCCCACGCAAACACAAGAAGUUCCGCAAGUUCACCCUGUCCACUGUCAGGAAGUCUGCCGUCGCAGAAAUCCAGGAAGUGGAUGAAGACCUGACCCUCAUUGAGGUCUACAGGACAACUAAGAUCCACGGGGGUGUUAAGAUGUCCCGCCCCUGCAUGCCUCCCUCUGCAGCCUCCAGUUCCAGGAAUUUACGCCUGGAACCUAUCAAGGGCCAGAGAGACCCCAACUGGAGACAGAGCCUCAACAAGCUUGUCUCUCUUUACGGCUUCCGCUCCCUGCGUGCAUCUCGCCUGGUUCCCCUGGGGCCCCUGGCAGUCCCCGGCGUGUCCCAGUACCUUCCCUGCUCCCUGCCUCCUCUCCAGAGCUGGUCGGCCAUUCAGGUUGCCCUGGGCCAGAGGGUGGUGCAGAGGGUCCAAGUGAGCACACCAUCAGGACGAAAGCCUCCCUCCCAGUUCCACCACGGUGUGCCACUUCCCUGGCAGCUUAAUAGCCACACCCUGGACCCCUCUGGGGAGAGCCAGUAUGGCAGGCUGGAAGUGGACUGGGUCAGGGGGCCCCUGAAAGUGCUACCGAGAAGCCAAGAGGAGAAGCUGAGGCUGCCUCCGAUCAGCUCCAAGUAUCACCCUACAUGAACACCAGAGGGCAGUA